GUUUGAAACAUAAAAAAAUUUGAACAUUUUCAAAAUGAAAUCAUUACUUUUAAAUCAAACACUUAAAAUUGCAUAUACUAAUACAUUACCAUAUACGAAAAUUGAUCAUAAUCAUCAAUCCGGUAUUGAAUUUGAAUUAUUAAAAACAUUGUCGGAUAUAUUUCAAUUUAAGAUGAUAUUUGUUGAUUGUAAAAAUGAUUUUGGCGUUAAACAAUCGGAUGGAAAUUGGACCGGUGUUAUUGGCAAAAUUUUUAAUCAUGAAGCUGAUAUCGGUAUCGGUAGUAUCUUUGUUACAUAUGAACGUACAUUAGCAACAACAUUUCUUUAUCCACAUUGGAUAGAUAGUCUAACAUUUGGUACGGCUGGAUCACAAAAACGUGUUCCAUUAAAUAUAUUUUUUCAGCCAUUCACAUCGACUGUUUGGUUUUGUCUUUUUAUUUCGUUAAUAUUGUUCCCGAUAUUGAAUUUAUAUCAUCAACAUGGACAGAAUAAUAAUUAUGCUUUCAAUCUUCUAUGGAUCAAUCUAUCAUUAUUGUUACGACAAUCAUAUGAUCCAUUACGAUUACGAUUGAAUUUAUCAUCAAAAAUUAAUCUAAUUACAUGGAUGUUAUCAUUGAUUAUUUUGGCAAAUAUUUAUUCAUCAUAUUUAUGUGCACAAUUUGCCAUACAACAACAUUAUGUUAUUGAUACUUGCGAAAAAUUAGCCGAUGCAUGUGAUGAUAAUGAAAUUAUUCCAUUGUUACCGAAAAAAGGCGUUUUAUAUCCAUUAUUUAAAACGAAUUCAUCAAUACGAACAAUUAGAUCUUUGUCUCGAAAAUUGAGAGGAAUCACCGAUCACAAUGAAGGUGCACGAUUAGUCGUUAAUUCAAUAAUACAAAAAGAACGAUAUGCUUUAAUAUCAUCUUAUGAUCAAAUCAAAUUCAGUCAAUUUCGAUUUAAACCAGAAUCAAUUUAUCUACCACCAGCAAGCAGUAAAAGUACAUUUUUUUCUAUAAUCACUGGUUUCCCAGUACGAUUGCCCGAAAAUUAUAUUAAACAUUUUGAAAUUUGGAUAAUGAGAAUUUCAUCGUUUGGUUUGAUGAAAUUUUGGAAAAAUCAAAUAACCAGAUCAAUGCGACAAUCAUUUUUUGAGAAAAAAAAUGUCGAACAACAAUUCGAUUCAUCAAUGGAAACAGAUCAAAUAGCAGCAUUGGAAGAAAUCGUAAACGAUAUGUAUCCAUAA